UCUCAGAUCGCAUGGUUUUCAAAGAUUUCAAACACAAUCGGUUCUUGAUAAAUUGAAUCAUGGAAAAAUUCGAUUUUGAAACAAUUUGUAGAAUAUGUUUAACCAAAAAAGAAGAAAUGAUUUCAUUAUUUCAAGAAAUUUCAAUUCCUGAAUUAACAUCAUUUAAAGACAUGAUGCAAGAGUGUGCUUCAAUAGAAAUACCGAAGGACGAUUUACUACCGAAAAAUCUAUGUAUUCAAUGCUCAAAGGAAUUGGAACAAAGUUAUAAAUUACGAUUACGAUGUUUGUUAUCGGAAAAAAUAAUUCGAGUUUUAGUCGAGAAGUCCACUGUCAAAUCUGAAACGGAAGAGUAUAUCAAUGAUAUAGAAAUAAAUUUAAAUUCUUAUGAAAAAUCAGAUAGCAAUGAUAUAAAAUCGGAAACAGAUACAAAUGAUGAUGAAAAUUUUUUUGAACCAGAAACAAAUACUUCAUCAAAUUUUGUAACAGAAGAAACAGUUUUUGUAAAAGAAGAAAUUUUAGAUGAAAUCAAUUGUAAUAAAGUCUCAUUGAAAUGUAAAUUUUGUAAUCUAAAAUUUGGUACCAAACAUGAAUAUAUUUCACAUGUAGAACAAAUUCAUUUUAAAACAGUUUAUUCGUGUGACAAAUGUGAACAAAUUUAUUAUUCGGCGGAUGGUUUAAAACGACAUUCAUUGACACAUGAGAAUCGAUGUCGUUAUUGUUUAGAAUUAUUCGAUAAUAAAUUUCAGUUAGCACAACAUAUGAAAGAACAUGUCGAGAAAUCGGAAUUUCCAUGUGGAAAAUGUGAUAAAGUGUUUCAAACGAAAGAUACUCAUCGUAUGCAUCGUAAACGAAGUCAUAAUGUUAAAUCCUUUUUAUGUACAUAUUGUGGGCGUUCAUUUCGAGAUUAUUCGAAUUUACAAGUUCACAUACGAAUUCAUUCUGGUGAAAAACCGUAUUCCUGUGAUAUUUGUGGUGCAAAAUUUAUUCAAUGGUAUUCCUUAAAAAGUCAUACAAUCACACAUUCCAAAGAAAAAAAUUAUCAAUGUAAAAUUUGUGAUAAAUCAUAUUCAAGACGUAACGGAUUAGCACGGCAUAUUUUAACACAUUCGGGUGAAAGGAAUGCUAUUUGUAAUAUUUGUGAUAAACGAUUUUUGGAUAAAAAAGGUCUUAAAGAACAUCAAAAAACUCAUACGGGAGAACGUAAACAUAUUUGUGCAUUUUGUGAUAAAGCAUUCCUAAAAAAUGAUAAUCUUAAAGUUCAUUUACGCACUCAUACCGGCGAUCGGCCAUUUGUUUGUAGUCGAUGUGGUAAAGGAUUUGCACAAAAACAUGUUCUAAAUAGUCAUUUACGAACGCAUGGCGAAUCUCCCGAAUAAAAUA